AUGCUGGGAGCUGCAGCCCUCCUUUUCAGGUUCCUCUGUCCCUCCUCUUACGAAGGAAGGCGCUCUAAUCUGUAUUUUGAGAUUGGGGAUAAAAUGGUUCUGCUGUGUAUCAUAAUUAUUGUUGUGGGCUCACGUGCACCGAGGUUUUCCCCGGGUGGUGAUGUCAGAUUGGACCAAAAAGACAUGGAGCGGGAACAAGGACGUGUCUGUGUUUUUCCUUUUCUCGUACAGAGCACGGACCGCCGUUCGUCAUUCGCACGAUGA